AUGGUGGCCAUAUAUUUGUCUGAAAUAGCCCAUCCAAAAGUUAAAAACAUUGUCAAACCCUUGGUUGAAUUGUUGGCGGGCAUUCCUUCUGUGGUAUAUGGCUUUUUUGGAUUGGUGGUUAUUGUACCAUUGGUUCAGCAGCUGUUUGGAUUGGAUGUUGGCGAAACGGCAUUAACGGGUGGGAUAAUUUUAGCCAUUAUGGCUCUGCCCACCAUUAUAACGGUGACCGAAGACGCCAUAUCGGCAGUGCCCCAAGUAAUGCGGGAUGCCAGUUUGGCGCUAGGUGCCAAUCAAUGGCAAACCAUUUAUCGGGUGAUUAUUCCGUAUGCUUCGUCUGGAAUUAUUUCAGCCAUUGUUCUUGGUGUUGGACGGGCCAUG